AAAGAGUGCCGCUGAAUACAGGGCAAGCGAGCACGCAGGUAUCUGUGUUCAGAUUGCAAAAUAUAGGCGGUGGUGUGCUGUGUGGGCAGAUGUGUGGUGCUCGGUGGUGGCUAUUGACCAGAAGCUGGGAAUGCGGCACCCAGAAGCACUGGGAGGGAACACAAAUGGGCGGAUGGGGCCCGCUGCUUCCUUUGCCUGCCCGCCUGCCCGAUUUCCAGCGGAUGACGAGGCGGCGUAGAGCGGCAGUAUCGAUAAGCUCCGAUAAGCGAAUUUUCCUGGAUGCGGUCCCCACUUUUGCUCUGCGCCGGGGUCCAAGCAAGAGGCCGUUUGUCGAUUUCUCCCAAAAAUUUGGAGGAAAGCUGCUUGAACACCGAAACAAGAGUCUUUCGCUCGCUACUUCGAGAAAGAAGCUCAUUGUAGCUUUCUAAUACCCUUUGCGCUUUAUUUUCUCGACAACAUCGAUAUCUUUGUCGCUUGCGCAUUGUGGGCUCGAAGCUCAACCACAUCAACACCAUGGCGAAAAGCAAAUCUCUCUCAGCGCCUUCGAAGGCUGUCGACCCAGCCCUUGACUCUUUGUUUUCCACCAGUGCUGGCCCAGUUCAAGCGCCCCCGAAGUCUCGCUAUUCCGAAUUGCCACCCCCGAAAUCAGAUGACGCCCCUGAAGAGUCGGACGAAGAAGAUGAGGACGAGGAGGACGAGGAUGAGGAUGACGAAGAACUCUCGGAAUUAGAGGAUGGUGCCGACCUUGAAGAUCUUGUUGAUAUGGAAGCCAGCGAAGAGUCUGGCGAAGAGGAUGAUAACGACUCCGAAAACGACGAAGAUGACGAAGACGAAGAUGAUGCCAGCGAUAGCAUGAGCGUGGAUGACGAGGCCGAGGCCGCAGAGGUUUUGGAAUCAGCAGCAGCAAAAAGUAAGGCCGAGGAUGAGGAUGGACGUAAGAGAAAGCGGAAACAACGGAAUGAUGACGAAGAUCUUGAGGCCAAAUACUUUGAGCGUCUUCAGGAGGAGGAUGAGGAGGAGCGAUCUGGGAAACGGCGCAAGGAUGCGAACGGGAAGGCUGCGGCCAUUGAGAAGACUGAGAAGACCGGCGACAAGGACUCAGACUUGGACUCAGACGCCGAGGUCCCCAAGCACGAAUCUCUGACAGCCAACGAUGCAGCUUCAGAGCUUGAGAAGGCAAACCGCACCGUAUUCCUCAGCAACGUCUCCUUGGAGGCGACCACUUCGCGCACAGCCAAGAAGACUCUUUUAAAGCACCUUGCCUCGAUUUUGGAUCCGAAAGCCGACCCUCCCCAGAAGGUGGAAUCUAUCCGCUUCCGCUCAACAGCUUUUGCCACUGCUGCUAUCCCUAAGCGUGCGGCGUUCAUCAAGAAGGAGGUUAUGGAGGCGACAACAAAGUGCACCAAUGCCUAUGCUGUCUACAGCACCCCUCAGGCUGUUCGUCUUGCAGUACAGAAAUUGAAUGGCACUGUGGUGUUGGACCGCCAUCUCAGAGUGGACAGUGUCGCCCAUCCAGCCCCCGUCGACCAUAAGCGCUGCGUUUUUGUUGGUAACCUCGGUUUCGUUGACGAUGAGACUGUACUGAACGUCAAGGUUGAUGACGAGGGUAACCAAACGACUACGAAGAAGAAGAGGACCAAGCAGCCUAUGGAUGUCGAGGAGGGGCUGUGGCGCGUCUUUGGCAAGGAGGCCGGCAAGGUCGAAAGCGUCCGGGUUGUCAGAGACAACGUCACCCGUGUCGGCAAGGGCAUUGCUUAUGUCCAGUUCUAUGACGGAAACGACGUCGAGAAGGCCAUUCUGCUGGAAGGAAAGAAGUUUCCCCCUAUGCUCCCCCGCGAGCUCCGCGUAUCGAGAUGCAAGGCUCUUCACAAGACGGCCAGGGCUUUGGAGGCGAAGCACGGCAAGGCUGGUCCCCCAUCAAAGGAAGAUCGCAAGGGCAGGAAGGGCUCCAGCUAUGUCCCCAAGAUCACACCCGAAGACAAGACAUUGGCUGGCAGAGCGGGUAAGCUUCUUGGUAGAGGCGGUGCUGCCAAGUUGAAUGGCGGGGACAAGAGAAAGGACAGGAAAGACAGGCCUCGUCGGGAGUCAGCUGGUGCUCCGCAAAGCCAACCUAGUGGCAUUAGACCACCAGAAGACUUUGUCUUUGAGGGUAAACGCGCAAGUGCCAAGGACGGAAAGCCAAAAGACCUGAAGUUCAAGGGUGCCAGAAAUGGUGAGAAGAGAGGGUACAAGAAGAAGACGGGCCCAGGUGGCCCGACUGGCAGAGGUGCUGCGAGAGCGGCCAAGUGGAGGGAAGGUGGCGCAAAGAAAUAAAACUGCGGCAAAUUUCGUAGUUAACAGGCGAAGGUUAAUGGGUGGUGGCCCAAGAUAGAGACGAAGGGCGGUCGGCGGAGGUGGUAUGUCAGGGUUGAGGUUUUGAGGUGGUUGAUGCCUUGCAGUAGCAGCUUGGAAGCGGACAUGGUCCCACAGGUCUUACAUGUAUUGGCUGGAAUUUUUCUG